CCUUUAUUAUUCUCUCGGCCGGCGAGAGAAGAUCACUUUACCUUUUCCUCUCUCUCUCUCUCUCCCUCCCGUUCGCCGGAAAAGAUGAAGUCGCCGCGGCGACCGACGCUCGCCGCGCUGUUCUUCCUCUUCCUCGUCGCCUCCUCCCAAGCCCUCGACCUGAACCGCCGGGGGAAGCACAAGAUCGAUGGGCCCAUCAAAACCCUCGUCGUCAUCGUCAUGGAGAACCGCUCCUUUGACCACGUCCUGGGGUGGCUCAAGUCCACCCGCCCCGACAUCGACGGCCUGACGGGCCAGGAGUCGAACCCGCUCAACGUGUCGGACCCGGGCUCCCCCUCCGUCCGGGUCGCCGACGACGCCGUCUUCGUCGAUUGGGACCCGGGCCACUCCUUCCAGGCGAUCCGGGAGCAGAUAUUCGGGUCCGAGGACAGCUCCGCCGAUCCGAACAUGAAGGGGUUCGCCCAGCAAGCGGAGGGCAUGGAAGAGGGCAAGUCCAAGACCGUCAUGAGCGGGUUCAAACCGCGCCUCCUGCCGGCUUACACCGCGCUGGCGAACGAGUUCGCGGUGAUCGACCGGUGGUUCGCUUCCGUCCCGGCCUCGACCCAGCCGAACCGGUUCUACGUCCACUCGGCCACCUCUCAUGGCGCCACCAGCAACGUCCGCAAGGACCUGGUCCACGGGUUCCCUCAAAAGACGAUAUUUGAUUCUCUGGAGGAGAGCGGGCUCAGCUUCGGGAUAUAUUACCAAAAUAUCCCCGCCACCAUGUUCUUCAGCAGCCUCAGGAGGCUGAAGCACAUAACCAAGUUCCAUAGCUACUCUCUGAAGUUCAAAUUGGAUGCCAAAUUGGGUAAGUUGCCGAAUUACGUGGUGGUGGAGCAACGUUAUUUCGAUGUGAAUGUCUUUCCGGCGAAUGAUGAUCACCCGUCGCACGACGUGGCGAUCGGACAGAGGUUCGUGAAGGAGGUGUACGAGACGCUGAGGGCAAGCCCGCAGUGGAAAGAGAUGGCCCUGCUGAUCACCUACGAUGAGCAUGGUGGGUUCUAUGAUCACGUGCCCACGCCGGUCUCUCACGUGCCUAACCCCGAUGGGAUCGUCGGGCCCGACCCGUUUUACUUCCAUUUCGACCGGUUGGGCGUUCGGGUCCCGACGUUAUUGGUCUCUCCGUGGAUCGACAAGGGUACUGUGAUACACACACCUGAAGGGCCGACACCACACUCGCAGUUUGAACACUCAUCCAUCCCAGCAACUGUCAAGAAGCUUUUCAAUCUUAAGUCAAACUUCUUGACAAAGAGAGAUGCAUGGGCCGGCAGUUUUGAGAGGUACUUCUACCUGCGCAACACUCCGCGGGACGAUUGUCCAGAAACCCUUCCAGAGGUUACAUCACAACUUCGGCCACGGGGCCCAAAGGAAGAUGCUAAACUCUCCGAGUUCCAAGUUGAACUGAUCCAACUCGCGCAACAGCUGAACGGCGACUACGUGCUUAACACCUAUCCAGACCUUGGCAAAUCCAUGACGGUCAGCCAGGCCAACAGAUACGCGGAGAACGCGGUGAGGAGCUUCCUGGAAGCUGGAAGGGCUGCUCUAAGAGCUGGAGCCAACGAUUCUGCAAUCAUCAAGAUGAGGCCAUCCCUCACGAGCCGAAGCGCGGGAGGGCAUCAGAGUUGGUGCGAAGAACUGUGAAGGGGAUUGCUCUUGCGGUCGCUGUCUGUAUAUAACCACUAAGAUGAAUAGUGAUACUUCUGUUGUAUGCAUUAAGUUCGAGGAAAUACUGUUACCAUGGGAUGUACUCAUUAUGGGCAUUACUAGAUUCAGGUGAAAUUAAAUUAUAGUUAGUUGCUGGCAAAUGGAGACCGUUGAAGACUGUCGAGAAAUUGCAGUUGGCACUUUGUGUACCCAUUAAUCAUAGUAGCAGUUCUGGUUUUAGUGACAUCA